AUGGAGAUCAAAUUCAAGGUCCAAAAAGUCCCUACAAUUCCGAAACCUCACACGAGGAAUAACACACAGCCCUCAACUUUCGCAUUCGUCCAAGUCAACCCCGCCAAAAAAGACAAAGCAGCUCAACGUAAAAUCCGCCAACAUGUAAUGAAAGACAUAGGUCUCUCCCGACGAAUGGGCACAGUCCGCACACCCCAUCCAACAAGUGAAUCCAUCUUUAUACCGACAUACUGGGGCGACGCGCAAGUCUGCUAUAAUUUCCGACGAUUAUUCCGGGCGAUGGACAUGGUAUCUGAAGGAUUACUCUCGAUAGCUAUUGUCGACCCUGUUUUGAGAUUGAGGCAGAAGUUUACGGCAUCGUUUGAGAGUCCGCCGACGGUGGAAGAGAUUGAGCAGUAUACUGAAUCGUUGAGCUUGGUGAGGGAGGGGAUUGAGGUGGAAAGUAAAGCUUGUGAAAAUGCAGUUAUCGGGACGGUUAUUUGUCUCGCGACUUUUGAUAUGCGCGCUGGGAAUUCGGAAUCGUGGAUGGUUCACAUGGCAGGGCUGCAAAGAAUAGUUGAGAUGGCAGGGGGCGUUGAAGAAAUAGACUCACGCCCCGCUAUCCGACAAUCUCUGUUCAUCUGCGACCUAUUGGGUUCGAUGGUGGAAGAUGCGGAACCGAGAUUUCCUCUACCUCGGGAUUUACCUACUUUGCCUGAAACUACAAGGUCACGAUAUGUCCAAAAGCUCUUAACGUCAUUAAGAAGUGAUGAGCAACCGAUCCAGGACGAAAUUGCUGUCAUCGAUGGCGCUCUCACAUCCACGAAGCAAGUAGCCGUCUUACUAAACGAAGUUUGGCUUGACAGCCCAUUCGCGCUCGAUCUCCUUAUCCCAGUAUGCGCUCUCGCCCAUCAAGUCUUAUCCCUACAAAGAAUCAAUUCUAUACCGAAACGCGACGGCUUUUCGCAUGCGACAUCUACUGGAAUUCUCGCAGCGAUAGUGCGCAUCUCGGCUGUUUCUUUGUUCGCAUUGGUCAUGACACAGUCGUCUGGCGAUGCGCUUUACGUUGCAGCUAGAAGGAAUCAUUCGGUCAAACAACUUAUGGAACAGUUAGAUGAUAGGUUCUGGGAGGGGAAAGAAGAGCUGAAGCUUUGGGUGUUGGUAAUCCAGGUCUGCAUGGGUGUUGGUCCUUCAAAACCAUGGCAUCUGGAUCAGAUCACUCGGACCAUGUCACGUAUUCGGCUGCGUGCAUGGGAAGACUUGAUGGAUUGUUUGCGAAAGGUGGUAUGGGUAGAAAAGGUCUCUCCAUUAGAGAUGACCCAUCUUCGGUCUGAUAUUGGAGAUUGGCUAUCCUAG